CCGUGCGAACGAUAUUUCACAGGACGAACAUCGUUGAUAUUUAAUCCAAUCAUCAUGUCAGAAGACGAGAUUUUAUUCGACCCCACUACAUCAAAGAAGAAAAAGAAGAAGAAGAAGCCCUUCAUGCUCGACGAAGAUGGAGAUGGCCUUGGAGAGGAAGCCCAACAGGUUGAACAGAGAGAAGUUGAGCCUGAAGCAGGAGAGGAGCGAGAAAUGGACCCUGAAGAUGAUGACGUCAAGAUAAAUGAGCCUUCGGAUGAUUUAGAUGAUCUGAACUUCUCAAAUAAGAAAAAGAAGAAAAAGAAACCAAAGAAGGUGUUUGAAAAUGACAUUGAAGAAGGCAUGAAGGAGCUGAGGAUUGAGGGAGACCAGCAGGAAAUAAUUGAGGAAGAUGAUCCGGACUUGAUCCUUCCAGUCAUCGAGGAUGAUAAAAGCACAGAAGGCAUCACAUUCAGUUCACAAUCAGGCCCAGCAUGGGCAGGUUCGAAGAGAGAUUACACUUAUGAUGAGUUGUUGAGCCGGGUGUUUAACAUCAUGAGGGAGAAAAACCCUGAUAUGGUUGCAGGAGAGAAGAGGAAGUUUGUAAUGAAGCCGCCUCAGGUGGUCCGAGUUGGGACAAAGAAAACAUCUUUUGUAAACUUCACUGACAUCUGCAAACUGUUGCAUCGACAGCCCAAACAUCUUUUGGCAUUCCUGUUAGCCGAGUUAGGAACAUGUGGCUCCAUAGAUGGAAAUAACCAGCUUGUAAUCAAAGGACGCUUUCAACAGAAACAAAUAGAGAAUGUCUUGAGAAGAUAUAUAAAGGAAUAUGUGACUUGUCAUACCUGCCGCUCACCGGAUACAAUUCUGCAGAAGGAUACACGUCUCUACUUCCUGCAGUGUGAAACCUGUCACUCACGUUGCUCUGUAGCCAGCAUCAAGACUGGAUUCCAGGCUGUCACUGGCAAAAGAGCCCAGCUUCGAGCCAAAGCCAACUAAUACAAGCACCCUAUUCUGGCCUCUUCCGGAAAU